CCAUCUAUUUUUUAUUUUUGAGACAGGGUCUUGCAAAGUUGCCAAGACUGACCUCAAACUUGCAAUUCCCCUGCCUCAUCCUACUGAGUUGCUAGAAUUAUAGGCAAGCACCAUUAGUAGCCACUUGUAAUUUCUUUAGAAACAUGAAUUUUUAAAUAACUCAUGGGUCAAAAGAGAAAACAAAGAGCUAGGGAUGUAACCCAAUGGUAGAGCACUUGCCUAACAUGUUGUUCUGGGUUCCAUCCCCAGCACUGGAAAAAAACAGAUCAUGGAUUCUUUAGAAAUUAAGAUAAUGAAAAUAUUGCCUAACAGAAUCCAUGAUAUAGCAUUAAAGCAGUGCUCAGGAAACAUGUAUCCUUAAAUGCUUUUAGUAUUUAAAAAUGAAAAUUAAUUAGGUAUGAAUAUUAACUAGGUAAGCAUUCAACAAAAGUAGAAAAAGACAAUAAAAGGAAAUAUAAGAAAGCAUAAAAAUAAAAUCAGAAAUUGAUAAUAAAAAACUUUUAUUGAAAAAUGUUACUUGACAGAUAACUUCUGAAUUACUAUAAAUGACAAUAGCUGGGCAUGAUGGCAGAUACCUGUAAUCCCAGUGGCCCAGAAGGCUGAGGCAGGAGGAUUGCAAGUUCAAAGCCAGCCUCAGAAAUUUAGUGAGGCCCUAAGCCACUUAGUGAAACCCUGUCUCAAAAUAAAAAAUGGCUGGGGAUGUGACUCAGUGACUCAGCGUUUAAAUACCCCUGGGUUCAAUCCCUGGUACCAAAGAAAAAAAAGGCUUUGUUGAACCUGUACAUUCUGAGAGGAUUCAUUGGCUUCAGACUGGUAAUCAUAACAAAAAGAAACAGUUCUUGAUAAUGAAACAAAGGUAUUUGUCCACGUACAACUAAAAAAUUAUAUUAAAAAAGAAAUAGAUACUAGACAUCUUUUUUACAAAAAAGAAAAAAAGAUGGCUAUGAGAAACUGAAAUUUGGCUUAUCAAAUCUCUGAUCUUCCUCUCAAAUACUUGUUUCUUCACCAGUAUGAAAUCUCAGAAAUAAUAUUACCAUCUAAGUCUAAAUCCUGGCGUUAUCCUUGACACCUCUAUGUCCCUCACACUCCACAUUUGGUCCACAAGCAGUAUGUCUCUCCUGUCUCUGUAAUGAUCAUAUAUGGAAUCAAUUCCCCAGCUUCUCCCCUUUUCUCUUAAAAACUGCACUUCACUCACUCCCACUCAGAAACUUUUUUUUUUCUUUUUCUGUCUUUGUUGUUCAUACUUUCCCCCAUCACUUUCUCUUUUACUACUUUUUUCCCACAGGUGCAGAGAUUUGAGACGGUAAUACUCUUGUUCACACUAUCAUCAAGGCCUUUCUCAUUUCAUCUUUUGCGCUUCAUUCCAAUUCCCACUAAUGUUCCAUUUCUUCUCUCCUAGGUAGUAAAUCUAAUGUGUUUGAUAUAUGUCCUUGAAUAUACAUGUAUCUUUGAAUAAUAUAAAAUGUUUUAUGUAUGUAUGUGUUUUAAAUGUACAUAAUUGAUAUUGUUAUAGAUUUCAUUAUGUUUCUUUUUCAUGCUUCUGUAAAUACUUUUGACUAUUGCAUAGUAUUGUCUUAAAUGACCUCACACCCUUGGCCACUGAUCAUGGGCCAAGAUGGACCAAAGUCCUUACCCAGAAUUUUUUGAACUGAAACUGAGAGACUCCCUCUCCAGUGUGGAAGCCAUAAAAUGUAAAACACAGGAGCUGUCAACAGCCACGUGUCCUACCAUAUGGAACCAGCUGGUCUGCAAUGAGAAAGAAGCCAACAUGCCAGAAGCAGCAGAGAAUCAUGUGUGCUCAGUACUGCAUCUCCUUUGCUGAUGUUGAAAAAGCUCAUAUCAACAUUCGAGAUUAUAUCCAUCUCACACCAGUGCUAACAAGCUCUAUUUUGAAUCAAGUAGCAGGGCGAAAUCUUUUCUUCAAAUGUGAAGUCUUCCAGAAAACUGGAUCUUUUAAGAUUCGUGGGGCACUUAACGCCAUCAGAGGCUUAAUUCCUGCCACCUUAGAAGGGAAGCCCAAAGCCGUUGUUACUCACAGCAGCGGAAAUCAUGGCCAAGCUCUUACUUACGCUGCUAAGUUGGAAGGGAUUCCUGCUUAUAUUGUGGUUCCCCAGACAGCUCCCAACUGUAAAAAAUUGGCAAUACAAGCCUAUGGAGCCUCUAUAGUAUACAGUGAACAGAGCGAUGAGUCCAGAGAAAAGGUUACAAAAAGAAUUUUGGAAGAGACAGAAGGCAUCAUGGUACAUCCCAACCAGGAGCCUGCAGUGAUAGCUGGGCAAGGCACAAUUGCCCUGGAAGUGCUGAACCAGGUUCCCUUGGUGGAUGCACUGGUGGUUCCUGUAGGGGGAGGAGGAAUGGUUGCUGGAAUAGCAAUUACAGUUAAGGCUCUGAAACCUAGUGUGAAGGUAUAUGCUGCUGAACCCUUGAAUGCAGAUGACUGCUACAAGUCCAAACUGAGAGGAGAACUGACUCCCAAUCCUUAUCCUCCAGAAACCAUAGCAGAUGGGGUCAAAUCCAGCAUUGGCUUAAACACUUGGCCUAUUAUAAGGGACCUUGUGGAUGAUGUCUUCACUGUCACAGAGGAUGAAAUUAAGUAUGCAACCCAGCUGGUUUGGGAAAGGAUGAAACUACUCAUUGAACCUACAGCUGGUGUUGGAGUGGCUGCUGUGCUGUCUCGGAAUUUUGAAGCAGUUGCUCCAGAAGUAAAGAACAUUUGUAUUGUUCUCAGUGGUGGAAAUGUAGACUUAACCUCCUUAAGUUGGGUGAAGCAGGCUGAAAGGCCAGCUCCUUAACAAUCUGUUUAAUUUAUGCAAAAGAGAUGGGCUUUGGUGUCUCUAGAAACAUGAAUUUUUUUGUUUUUCAACUUCCCCUCUUGGGGCAGAGCAUCUCAGUGGUAGAGUACUGCCUAGUAUGUGCAAAGACCAAAGUUGGAUCCCUAGCACCAAAACAUCUUCUCAUAAAGUUCAAAGUCCUAAUGGAGACUAGAUAUUUCAGUAAGAUUCAAUAGUUUUUUUGGACUACUACUGUAAGUGGAAAAACUUCCAUAUUUAACUGAGACACAUAAUAAGGCCAAGGUCUUUUGUAAAUAGGACAGCAGACUGAUGGGCUAAAGUAUAAACUACAAACUGCUCAAUUACAACCCGUAGGCCCCCAUCCCUACAGUGCUAAUUAGUGGCAAUAAGACAGAAUCCCAAUGAAUCCAUUAUUCCAUGUCCAAUUCAGGCACUGUUGAAGAAAUCUCACUUUUUGCCCAAGGUACUGGUUCUGGUACAUAUGGAUCAUAAGUCCAUUUAGGGAAAACUCUUUUAUAAAGAUUCAUUAGUACUGUGUCCUGAGAUUUUAGCUUCCCAUCAAAACUGCAUUUCAUAUGGCCAUGGGUACCUAGAACCAAACAUAGCAAAUGGGUCAAAUUAAAAAAAAAUUUUAAGCAGUAAACUUCUAACAAUAGUUAUAUAAUAGCACAGAGGAAAUCUACAUAAAACCCCAAAUUCUACAUUCUCUUACCUAAAGGUUCCUUGAUGUGUCCUCUGCGACCCCACUUUGUUCUCAGUUCUACUGGUUUAAACCAUAGCACAUCCUCUUAGAAUGGAACACACAGAAGACCCAAAUGAAACAUUUACUCAUAAUUCACACCCAAUCUUCACACCACAAAGGCAAUCAGAUCCCAUCUUCUUCCUUUGUACCUACCUCUAUUAAAGAACAUAUACCGUACUACUGCCAUCUUAGUAAAAAUUUUGAAAGGAUGACCACUCAGAACAACUCUCUUGAUGACCAUUCUGUCUGGAUCCACUGACAACAGAUGGCCUGUGGCAACAAGGCUGUGCAUUCCUAAAGGGGAAAAGGAAAACUAUUUAGGAAUUCUCAGGCCAAUGCCUUCCUUUAUUGUUCUGUCCAUGUAAAAGAACUAUGCAAUAUUUUCUUGCAGAAAUUAGAGUAGCAAUGAACUAUGCUACCCUGGAUCCACAGAAAAGACCACAAAAUGCUAUUCCUGCUAAGCCUGUCUCCAGAACUUAUCUUAAACACAGAACUUAAACACAGUAGCCCCUAGUGAUUGGUUAAGGUCUACAGCAAGAUAAAACCCAAUUUGUCAUUCCACAGUGGCCCCGACCCACUGUGAGGGAAGACUAGCAUAUCAUUACCUUCUCCAUAACAUUUGGCUUCCAAAUCAAAACAUAGAAGUGAAAACAGUGAUAAUCCUAUUAAGGACCUGUAGACCUGUUCACCUCUGUGAACUCAACUUACCAUUGCUUUUCUGCUUGAAAAGCAGUACAGAUGCAGGAGGGAAAGUAAUUGGUGCAUAUACUGUCACCACCAAAGCUGCAUCAGCAGUCAGGAAUCUCUGAAGUUUGUGUUUAUCCGCUGCCAUAAUAAAGGAUAAAAAAGAAACACCAAAACAUUUUGAGGUAAUCGAGAGGCCUGUGAAAAGCUGCAUCAAAUGCAACUUUUUUUAAGCGGGGGGCAGCAGGGAAUGGGGGGAUUGCUAGGGAUCCAACUCAGGGUUUCACAUACAUUAGGUAAGUGCUCUACAACUUAACCUUCAUUCCCAGUUCAACUACAACUCUUAAACCAAAAGCAGCUUGUGUUUCUUUACCCCACUAAUUCUCAAUUUUUCUUGUCAACACUAUUGAAAUAUAUAACCCAGUCCUAUCCAUUAUUUUUCAACUGAAGACAGAAUAAGAGCUUGGCAUGGCGGCACACACCUGUAAUCACAGCUACUAGGGAAGCUGAGGCAGGAGGAGCACAAGUUCAAGGCCACUGUGGGCAAUUUAGUGAGACCCUGUCUCAAAAUAAAAUAAUUAGAAGGGCUGAGAAUAUAGCUCAGUGGUAAGGGUGCCCCUGGGUUCAAGCCCUAGUACAGCUUAAAAAAAAAAAGUUGUCUAGGUGAUUCUACUGCUCAUCACCCCUACCUCAUUUGAGAAUCAGUGCUUUAAUGAGACUCUCCUAGAUCCUUCAGCUCAGUCUUUCACAGGGACAGGCAAACAUUUUUUUUUUUUUUUUUAAGGACAGGACAGUAUAAAUACUUUAGGUUGGGCACGGUGGCACACACCAGUAAUCCCAGCAGCUUGGGAGGCUGAGGCAGGAGGCUCGAGAGUUCAAAGCCAGUCUCAGCAAAAGUGAGGUGCUAAGCAACUCAGUG